AUGAUUGUGGCAUCCCCUCCUCCCGUUCGUACCAAGCAGAGGCUUGCUUGCCAAGAGUGUCGACGGCGCAAGCUUCGAUGUGAUGGCAAUCAACCUCGCUGCUCCACGUGUGAGAAUUCCGGGACGGAAUGCGACGUCAGCACGAAUCGUCCGCCAAGAGGUCCCAAGAAGGGGUACCUCAAGGCGCUGCAGAGCAAGAUUGAUACUCUUGAAAGUCGCCUCGAGGCGCAAGAGAACGGCCACUUGAAAUGGCCGGAUACCAUCGACAACGGCACGGACCUCAUGUCGUCAAUACCGUCGCUGCCAUGCAUGACGAUCGCGGGAUUCGAGAACCCAAAACUAGAUGGCAACCUUUUUUCCAUGUCCAAUCCCAUGGUUUCGGAUCAAGAUCCGUUUCUUGCUGCCUUUGUUGAUGUCUCUGCUUUGCCGCCAACGACGGCCAUGUUGCCUGAACAUGCGCCGCCGACGCCAUCAACAACCACGGGGUCGAGCCGAACCACCAGCGGCAUUCACGUUACAGAUAUCAUGCAAGCCGAAUUAGAUCAAUUAUACUUUGACAGAAUACACGCCGCUGUCCCCAUCUUACACCAGCGCAGGUACCUCUCCUGGUCCAAGUCGCACUUCAAGACCAAUUCGCGCCUCUGCCUUCAAUAUGCCAUGUGGGCAACGGCGUCACUCAUGUCAGCCCAAUUCCAGCAUAUGCAAGACAUGCUCUACUCAGAAGUAAAGCGCAUGUUGGCCAACUCUAGCCUCCCAAGCUCGAGCCCAAGCCCAAGUUCCAGCUCCAGCUGCAGCUCCAGUUCAAGUUCAAGCUCCGGCAGCCAGAGCAAUCACAACGCCGCAAUACAUGUCGAGCUGGUGCAAGCUUGGGUUCUUGCUGCGACGUACGAGUUUGUCAAGGCAAACCACCAUGAGGCGUGUAUCAGCGCCGGCCGCGCCCUUCGUCUUGCUCAGUUGAUGGGGUUGUAUAAACUCGACGUUUCAAAUAAUGCCACUGCAACUAGCGAGACCGAUUUUAUUAUUACCGAAGAGAAGCGCCGCGUAUUCUGGAUGGCGUUUACUCUUGAAAGUUUGUAUAGUAUGCGCAACGGCCUGCCUUUGGUGAUACAUGAGCACAAUAUUACAACAUUUCUACCUGUACCGGAUCCAGAGUUCCAGAACGGCCAGCCCGUGCAGACAGGUUUUCUAAGCGACUGCAUCGACAAGCGAAGCACCAUUGUCAAAUCACCACUCAACGAAUGCAUCAUGCUCAUGGCCAUGUGCGCGAGGACCCUGUUCCACGCCCACCAGUAUAACACGCACUGCCAGAGCGGCCAGGCAGAGUGCGACCAUCUCGACUGGCAAAAAUGGCUCGACAAUGUGCUCCUGGUGCGGCUACAAACGCUGGCGCAGGACUAUCCCUCCCCUACCAACUCGUGCGAUCCCACGUUGCUCUUCGCUAGCUGCUUGGCACAAGCCACAAUUGUCUACCUCUGCAGGGAGAUGCAAUCCAUUGAGUGGCCUGAUAAUGGCGGCCGGGGCAUCCCACUGGUAGCUGAGUAUCAGCAGCGGGCUCUUGCUGCUGUUGAGCAUACGCUUGAGUUUGCGCGAUCACUGACGGAUUUUCCUCCGUUCAAGAUUAGCCCUUUUAUGCCAAUCCCGUUGUUCAUCUGCGCCGAAUUUCUGUCUCUAAAUCGCUCUAAUCCUGCGACCGCCCCUCUGCUACAGAACUUGGUGGAUAUACUUGGACAGUUGAAGGAGGUUGACAACCCUCAAAAGUAUAUAGGCCUGCCGGAUCUGGACCUAGUUACAGCGUCUAUGAAUCUGUGA